GUUGUCGCCACUUUUGCUGCAAAACGGUCAGUGAAACUGCAGCGUGCAGACGCUAUGAAGACAGUUUUGCUUCUGCUCUUGUUGAGCAUCUGCCGGACGUCAGCCCACAGUCGUGCUUCUUUGAAGGUCAUUCCCAACUGGUCUCAGUUUUUUGAGUACGAGAAAAUUACUCUCAGCUGUGACGAGAUAACCUCUGGUGAAUGGACGGUGUGGAGAUACACUGCAGAAGGAUUGAAACUGUCUGACUGCACCUCGGGUUGGGGUACUGAGUCUUCCCCUACCUGUGAAAUGAAGACAGUCAAGCGUUCUAAUUCAGGUGUUUACUGGUGCCAGUCCACACAUGGUCACAGCAGUAAUGCCAUCAACAUCGCUGUCAGUG